CUCAAACAGUGAUGACGCUCUGAUUCAUCCUCUGACUUGUUGAAUUUGGGGUUUUUGCAGCGUCGUCGGUGUUCAGAGGAGAAUCUGGGAUUUUGAGGUGGAGAUGUUUCGCUCUCAGCUGCUUCUGUUGGGUUUUUGGUCGUCUGUGCUGCUGGUGCAGGUCGGCGGCGCUCCGCGCAGAGACGUGCUGACUCUGAGAGCGGACCUGACCGACGACAGGGCUCUCUCACAGCUGCUGAUGCUGAAGUUUGUGUCUGAACUGACGGAGGCGAGAGGAGACGAGAUGCUGCCGGAGCUGGAGGAGGAGGAGGAGGAGGAGGAGGUCCGAGAGGAGGUGAUGCGGCGACAUCUCCCCCUCUCACACAGACGCAAGGCGGGCUGCCGCAACUUCUUCUGGAAAACGUUCACCUCGUGUUAACGCAAGAAAAAAGCUGCUCAAGCUGGAGUACUUUUGAUUUUCAAUGUACUUUUUAAGGAGAAAUGAAUCCGUGUUUGGUGAAUUUGUUGUAAUUAAAUAAUUUCCUGCUGAUGCCACAUGCAUGAG